AUGGAGGGAGACAACCCAGAAGGAAAUCCCAAAGCUGCAGAGUUGCAGCCUCUUCCUGUCCGAGCAGACGCUUGUAUAGCCAACGAUUGUAUCAGUAUGUCUGAGAGCUCUGGAGAGACACACACUGAAGGCACAGACCUGUCCAGCGAGGACCAGGGUAAAGACGAAACCCAGCCAAACGACACCAUGGGCUCCGAGCCUCAGUCAAAUACCAAACUUUGCGGAUACCUGCAGAAGCAAGGUGGGCCCCUCAAGGCCUGGAAGUGUCGCUGGUUCACCUACGAGGAGAAGAAAUGCCAGCUGUUCUACUAUCGCACGGCACAAGACGUGAACCCGCUGGGCCGGGUAGAGCUCUCCAGCGCACUGUUCAGUUACCCACUGCAAGGAGAGGAAGGCACUUUCCACAUCCAGACCCCUGAGAGGCUCUUUGUCCUUAAGGCGGCCAAUCGUGAUGCCAAGAUGUACUGGCUACAGCAGCUUCAGCUGAAGAGAUGGCAACAUCGGAACCAGUUGACCGGAGCAUUAACCCUGCCUACCCCUGACCGUCAACAACACGAUGAAAAGGAUACUUGUUCUGAGGACUUCUUACCUACAGUGAAGACUCCACCAGGGCUUGUGGGUGAGGAGGCUGCCAGUCAGCCCAUAGCACGACUACGGAGUCCACUGAACGUGUCACUCAAACACCCCCUGAUAGAGAUUCAGAAUUCUAUGCACAGUCUACGGCAAAACCGCAAUUCACAGGAGAUCAGCCGCAGUGUGUUCCACUAUCAAGACGUCCCUUCCUUUCUAUCUGAAUCCCCAAAUACCCCCGUACCAAACCAUCAGACCCUAGCCGUGCCAUCUAGCCAGUCCAUGUCUCAGACCCCUGUUCUUUUGGCUGAGCCUGUGUCUGAUGGUACUCGUGAGAGCAUGCGCUCCCCCUCGCCCUCCCCUUCUCCUGGGUUGUCUCCGUCCCCGCGCAGCAGAAAGAUGAAGAGGGGCUUGUCGGCCACCGUUCCCUUCGACCGUAAGGAGACAAAAGCCAUGGACAAGACGUUAUCCCUCCAUCAUGAGAAACUCACGCUGGCUGAAGAAGUCAAAGCCCAGAAGAAAUUAGUUUGGCUCUUACACAAAGCUCUGGAGGCAGCUCAGUUGGAGAAACGUACUUGCGCCGAGUUCCUGGCUGCCAAGGGCGAGGAGGAACGUCUGGAGCUGCUGCGGCAUCGCGAGCGGCACGUAGCGGACCUCCAAGGGCGUUUAGAUGACCUGCGGCGGGAGACCGAGGCUUUGCGACAGAGCCAGACCCAGAAGGACGUCCAAAUAGCGGAGCUCCAGGACAACGUGAAGCUGCUCAUGGACAAGAACAAUGCCAAACAAGAAGUCAUCCUCAGACUGUCUGAGCAGAUGGUGACCUGCAUGGCUGACCCACAAUGCAACAUCUCCAGCGGCAUGAGCGCUGAGACCUUCCGCCAGCUCAACCUUGAGACUGAAAACCUCAGGGACGAUUUGGAGGCUUACAAGACCCAGAACAGGUUUCUGAACUCGGAGAUUUAUCAGCUAACCAGGCUCUGGCGGAACAGCUCAGAGCGGGAAAAAUGUCUGAUGGUGAAGUGUGCCUACUUGGAGGCCACUAACUGUCGGAUGGAGAGCAGAUACCUUGGGGUUCUUCAGAAACUUCAGGAGAAUAAGACACUGGACACUGUGCAAAGGGAGGCAGUGAGAAAGCUCAUAGAGGAUGCUCUGGACGGAGACAUAAAUGGAGUCCUCAGUAUCAAUGCCAACAGGGAGUAUGAUGAGUAUGGCUUUAAGAUCAUGCCUGACUAUGAGGUAGAGGACAUGAAGCUGCUGGGUAAGAUCCAGGCCCUGGAGAUCCGCUCCCAAAACUUGCUAGUGCAGGAAGCGGGGGACCGGCCGGUGCUGAGUCGCUGGACCCAGUACCUGGGGGGCCGUUCUCCAGAGGACCUGUCCCCCUCUCACGAGCUGAAGAACCUGCUGCGCGGCGGCGUGCCGCGCGAGUACCGCCAGCAGGUGUGGCGCUGGGUGGUACGGACCCGCACGCGCUCGAUCUGGAAUCGCUAUCCGGACCGGUACCAGGAGCUGUGCGAGAAGAGCCGCACGUCCCCGCACCCGGCCUUCCGGCAGAUCCAGCUGGACCUGCAUCGGACCCUCACCACCAACCAGAACUUCUCCUCCCCGUCCAGUCCUGCUCUGCAGCAGCUUCAGCGAGUACUGCGUGCUUUCUCCUGGCAGAAUCCCACUGUGGGCUAUUGUCAGGGGCUUAACAGGCUGGCUGCUAUAGGUCUGCUGGUGUUACAAAAUGAAGAAGAAGCCUUCUGGUUUCUGGUGGCAGUGGUUGAGGUUCUUAUGCCUCCAAAUUACUACACUAAGACCCUCCUGGCCUCUCAGGCAGACCAGCGGGUGCUUAAAGACUUCAUGGCAGAGAAGAUGCCUCGGCUUACGGCCCACCUGGAGGAGCACAACGUGGAUGUGUCUCUCAUCACCUUCAACUGGUUCUUGGUGGUGUUUGUGGAGAGCCUGCCAAGUGACAUCCUGCUGAAGGUGUGGGACGCCUUUCUCUACGAGGGCUCGAAGGUGAUGUUUCGAUAUGCACUGGCCGUUUUUAAAUAUAAAGAGGAGGACAUCUUGAAGAUCCACGACAGCGUGGAGAUUUAUCAGUACCUUCGCUUCUUCACCAAAACUAUCACUGACAGCAGGAAACUAACAGCCAUCGCCUUCAAUGACAUGAACCCAUUCCCCAAGAAGUUGAUGAGACAAAGAAGGACACAGCAUUUGGAAAGGCUUCAGGCAGAACUGAGAGAGCUGGAGGCCCUGCAGAGGGAGUACAUCACCGAGAGCUCCCACCACGAGGACAAAGAGCUGGACAAUAUCGCCAGCGAGGAUGACGAUGAUGCAUAA